CAUAUAAUUGACUUGGAGUUUGCCUUGAAGACUUACUCAGCAUAUAAAUUGGGCAGAGAAGAAAGGCAAUACCACAAUCAUCCUGCAAUCAGUUCUUGUUCUUAAACACUGCUGUCAACCAUUUUCUAAAGCUCAAAAUAAUGGCUGAUGCGCUCAUUUCCGUGCUGCUAGAACGGUUGGCCUCGACAACCUAUGAAUACAUAGGAGGAGAGCUGAAACAUGUUUUGAACGUUAAGGAAGAUGUUGAGAAAUUCACUGCGACUCUCGAAGUUAUUCAAGCUGUGCUUGAGGAUGCAGAGCAAAGGCAAGUGACGGAGGCAAGUGUCAAAAUCUGGUUGGAUAAGCUGAAAGAUAUAUCCUACCAUAUGGUGGAUGUGUUGGAUGAGUGGAACACAGACAUUCUCAAACAACAGGUUGAGAAGCAAGAAAGAAGGUGAUCCAAAUGCUCUUGUUACAAAGAAGAAGGUACGUUUCUCUAGUUUAUCCAGUUGCUUUUGUUUUGGCAAAGCCAGUCGGGUGAUUCUUCACCGUGACAUUGCUCUGAAAAUAAAAUAUCUGAAUGAUAAGUUAACUGAGAUUUAUGAGGAAAGAAAAAAGUACCAGUUUCUAUUGAAAGAAUUAGGCGUUCAACCUCAACAACCUCAACGACCUCAAACUGCACCUUAUGUCAACAUGUCUGAGAUAUUUGGUCGCGAAAAGGAACAGGAUAUUUUGAUAACAAAGUUGUUGGGUGAUAGUAGUGAAGAAGAAAAGAGGCACCUUAUCAUCCCUAUUGUAGGGAUGGGAGGCAUAGGAAAAACAACUUUAACCCAACUAGCCUAUAAUGAUGACCGAGUCAAAACCCAUUUUCAUAUGAGGCAAUGGGUUUGUGUUUCAGACCCUUUUGAUGAGAUUAAGAUCGCCAAAGCCAUUAGUGGCGAUGACGCCCCAAAUUCAAAUGAAUGGGGUGAGGUCUUGCAAAGUAUGUCUAGAUCCAUCCAGGGCAAAAGAUUUCUCCUAGUCCUGGAUGAUGUAUGGACCAAUGAUCCUAAAAAGUGGGAACAAUUAAAAGUACCAUUAAUCCAAAGUGGGGCUAAAGGCAGCAGAAUACUGGUGACCACAAGAAAACUAGAGGUUGCUAAUAUGAUGAGAGCAACAAGAAACAUGAUCAAUCUGCAAGAGUUGAGUGAUGAAUAUUGUUUGUCAAUCUUCAAUCACAUGGCCUUUCCAGAUGGGGAUGUACAAGAGUUCGGAGAUAUUAGUAAGGAAAUUGUAAAGAAGUGUAAAGGUUUGCCUCUUGCUGCAAAGACUUUAGGUAGUCUCAUGCAGAAUAAGACAAAAAUGGGAGAAUGGAAAGAAGUUUUGAAUAGUAAGAUAUGGGAUCUAGAGAAGGUCGAGCAAGAAGUUUUCCAACCCUUAUUCCUAAGUUAUUAUGAUUUGUCCCCAACAAUUAAAUCUUGCCUUUUAUAUUGUGCUAUUUUUCCUAAAGAUCAUAUGUUUCGCUGAGAUGAGUUGAUUAGACUCUGGACAGCACAAGACUAUAUUAUUUCGAAAGGGAAUAAAGGAAAGGAAAUAAUGGGUGAAGCAUGUUUUGACAACUUAGUAGCGCGAUCAUUUUUCCAAGAUUUUAAGAAACAUCGAGAAAAUGGUACGAUUUCAAGUUGUAAAAUGCAUGAUAUUGUCCACGACUUCGUUCAAUUUCUCACCAAGAACGAGUGUUUGAUUAUGGAUCACUCUGAGGGUGCUAUCAGAGAAUCAAAGGUAUUGGAUGAUAAGAUACGCCAUUUGACCUUAAGAUAUGUUCCCGAAGGUCCACUUGCAAUUUCUAUCGCAUCCUACAAUUUCAAAUAUCUUCGCACACUGGCAAUUUUUUUUUUUUUUUUUGGUCUGAAAUAUAGAAAUUUCAUAAAAAGGCAAACAGCCAAGAGAAGUACACAACCUAUAAAGCAGCUAGGCACAACGAAACAACAAGAAAUAAAACAUCACAGCUGCAUGGAAGGAGGACUAAUAAGAAGACGUAGUCAUAAGACAACCGGAUACGUCAAGAAGCCCACACAUCCGCAAACAUUAAGCACUCCUUGGGGGGCAUGGUAAACCAUCUUUGUUCAGGAUAUGCAUUAGAGAGGAUGGGGGUCGAUUGACCCAUACUUCCGGGCUCAUCCUCGAAAUGGCAAGCAUUGCCAAAUGAUCUGCCGCUUGGUUGGCGGUUCUAGGAAUCCACGUCCAAACGUAGGUCUGGAAGCAGUUCAAAACAUCUCGAACAGUACUUAGGAUAGGAUAGAUUUCCCACCUUCCAUUGGAUAAGGGCCCUUCAAAGGAGAGAUGAUUUCCUUGCAAUCAGAUUCAAAAGUUACUUGAUGAAAACCCAUCUCAGCAGCGAGCUUACAGCCCUCAAGACAAGCCUGUGCCUCAGCCUCAAUAGCAGAGUUCGCCACAGAUGGGAUGGAUGAACCCUUGAUAAAGUCUCCAUGAGUGUUCCUAAUUAGGAUACCAAUGCCAACCCUCUUUGAGUUUGGAUUCC